AAGAACUUUGUUUCGCUUCGCUCGCUCGUUCCAUUGAUGCGGUAUAUUGGAUUAUUUUCCAUUAGAAGCUUCAUAAUAUUAAUCCAUUGAAAAUUUCCCACAAAUCUGCAAUUCAUCGAGUUUUAGAGAAGUUUGGAAAGCUGCAUGUUUUGUCAGCAAGAUCAAAGAGCAAAAAGGUAGAACAAAUAAGAUUGGGCUUAAAAAUCUAAGGCAAGAUAUUAGGAGAUAUGUAGGUAUUGUAUGUUAUCAUAAACUUUGUAACGUUGGACAUUCUAAAAUCAGUCAUUAGCAUCUAGGUUUUUAAAGAAUCCAGAAAUAAAUACCUAAUAUUGGCGGCUUUGGGUGUGCCGACAAACUAACCAGCGCGACCACCUCUAUGCAUGCACGACAGCCGUCACUGGCCGCAUCGCUCGAUACCUGUUUACGGGUCGCCGUAGCAACCUAGUUGUAUUUCGCGUGCCGUUUCACAAAAUUACACUAAAUAUUAUUUUCAAUGUUAAGCGUACCAAAUCAAUAAAGAGAUAAUUCGGCUGGAUCACGCGAUGGAGACCAAGAAAAAGAAUACCGAGACAAAGAAGUCAACUGCGGAGGAAAGUUCGAGUGGAUCCAGCAGCGUACACGAGGAUGCGGAUGAUGAUGAUAUGCAGAUCGGGAAGGGAGUGGGCAAGGCAGCCAUUGCCGUGAACCGCGAAGAGUAUAUGCUGGCCCACAGGGACCUCUCAAACGAAUACAUGCAAGUUCAACUGAGGAACAGCUUAUUGCAUCGUCGGUUGGGGGAGUAUUACAAAAAAAGAAAACAAGGCCACAUUUUGAAACAACCUCUGGAGGGGGUGGCCGACCUGGAGGAGAAGUACCAACAAAAACUACUCGUGUUCGAACAGGUCAAGAACGAAGACGAAAGAGAGAUUGCUGAUAUCAAAACCAAAGUGAACUUGGUGGAAAAGCAAUACGAAGAGAAACUUAACUACGCAGAGAGCAAAUUCGACGGGCUGCAAACCCUCGAGAAAAGUACAGGCACUGGCCUCAUAUACUCUAAGAAGGGGAAACCAAUUGCAGACAAGACAUUGAUGCGAUUCUUGACCCUGCAACGUCGGAAGGCGGAGCAAACGGCUGCGCUCCGUCUCCGCUACAUCAGAGCCAGGAACGCGGUCUCAGAGCUGGACAGCAUCAUCAGGAAGCUGGAGAAGCUGGGGCCUGGGCUCUACGUGGCCCAGUACGAGCAGCUGCAUUGCGACUACGAGAACUAUAUGAACAAAAUAGAAGAACGGGAAGAUGAGCUCAUCAAGAACCGUAAUAACUGCACGGAGCAUAACCAGAUCUUGGCACACAUCAGAGAGAAGAUGCAUCACACUGAUCAAGUGAUCGACAUUACGGAGUGCGAUCUCGGGGAUGCGGAGAUGGAGUACUUUAGAGCUCGAGAGGAUAUGAGUGUUAUCAAAAACCGGCGUGAUAAACUUCGCUGGUGCUUGGGAGCCGAGCGACUGAAGGCGGGCCUCCUUACCAGAAAGGACUUGUUGCGUGACUACCAAAACGCUAUUGAUGAGGUGGAAACAAUGAGGGAAAAGAAAAAGCGCCUAGAAGAAUUAAUUAGCAAAACCACUGAAGAGGUAAGAUUGGCGCGUAAACGAAUGCAGGCGCAAGUAGCAGAUGGCGACAGCAACAAUGGAUCAGGGCAGAACUUACCUGUCACCUGUCUAAAGCAUGGAUAAUUGGUGAUGAUGAAUUGGUGAUGUACUCUGCAUAGUGUAAAUUUCCAUACAUCUUCUUUAUGUACCGCAAGGAAUGUACCGGGAACUGUGUUUUUAUGGCGAGAACCGGGAAUUCCCGGUUCCAGUACUGUAUUUGUAUAGAAAACCAGUACUCCCGCUCCCUAAUAACGCGUAGCCUCCAUGUUUGGGAAAUCCUGGUAAAUGUGGUUGCAGGUAUCUGUAGUUGUCCUUUUACGAUUCGAAUGUGACAGAGUUACGAAAAUCUUUUAACCUCGAGCUGCCACGUAGAGCAAAAAAAAAUCUCUUUAAAAAUGCAAAAAUGUGCCUGAAAAUUUGUGGAGGAUCCUAAACAAAUACAGGCAGAAGUUUAGAACUGUUAUGCAAGGCUGAAACAUUUUUAUUCUCAUUUAAUUUUUAAUAACCUAAUUGCUUUGUAGGUAUUCAUUCGGUGAAACUCGGACACAAUAUUUAGUACAAUUACUAACGUAGUCUACGUUUUUUAUUUAAAUGUAUUCUUUUCUACUAUAGACACGCAAUAGCACGGUUAACUGAGAAACAGAUGUGCUGACGAGCAAAGUCAAAAAUAAUCCUAAAAAUCUGUCAAAUACGAUUCAAAGAAAGGAAGCAUCUUUAGAUUGUAAUCUAAUUAUCUUUUGCCUUCCUUCCCCAUUAUACGGCAUGCCUAUGUAUGAACGAAAGCCUAUAUUUAUCGUCAGUUUAUAAUUUGGUAAUGAUAUAAUAAUAAUUUGGGGUUAUUUUAACUACUUACUUGAUUUUAAUAUAUUAUUUUAUUGAUACUGAUACCAUAUUAAGCAGGAAAAAAAAUAUUAAAAUAAAAUUUGGAAUAAGUAAAAA